GUUGUGCCUGUUGUCAUAGAUAUAGAUAGAGGACUCAUCAUAUAUACGUUCAAGCAUGGACAUUGCCAUACUGAGGACUUCUACCGUUAAAGCGGUCAACUAGGUGGGGAUUCCUAUGAGUUGGGAGCAAUCAGCCGAUGAAGAAGAUCAUUUACUACUUUAAAAUGUAGAUAGCCUCAAAGGUGCUGUCACAGACACUAUAAUCGCACAUACAAAGAUGAGUCCUCUAUCUAUCUCUAUGGCCUGUUGUACACACUCGUUUCGGGCCUUUCAUUGGCUAGAAUGUUCCCACCUGCUCUCACAUCGCCCGCCUUCCAUCUUUGAGAACAUAUAUUUCAAUUGUUAUAGCGGUCACUUUACUAUCUUGUCAAUAUAAUAAACAAUCUUUAAUACAUCACAAAACUAGCUAACAAGAUUCUCAAGCUGAGAUGAAAGCAGUAUAACCUGAGGUUUUUGCAACGUUGAAGUCUGGUGGUGUGGGGGUGUCAUUGCAUUUCACUAAAAUGUAUGUGUGCUACUCAAUGAUGUAUAUAAACACAGAUGUAAAUCAUUUGUCACUGUCAAAUCUAAAAUUGUAAUGCUGAGAAAAAAAGUGGGUAAAUACUUUAAAUAUUAUAUUUAAAGGUGCAAUCUGUAGUUGCUACAUGCAUUUUUGGACUUAAGAAUGAAUUAUAUAAAUUGAUUCUUGAAGAAUAUUAUUUAUGCCUCAUGAUCUUAGUUUAACUGUCACACCCUAUCAAAACCCAAAAUAUAAAACAAUGUUUGUAAAUAAUGCAAACAAACACUGCAUCCUAAAAACUUGGUUGAAAAGAAAAUGUUAAUAUCAUGGAUGGUCAGUCCUUGCACCAUCAUGUUUAUGAAUGUGAGAGUGGUUAUAUUUCUCCUGGCCCAUCCCUCAGUUUUUUUACCAUAACAUUACAGAGUUGGGGUGUCUACUUUGUUAUUGUUUUAACUGCAAAUUGGCCCUUUAAAUUAUUGGAGUUUUUUUGUGCGGCAAUGAGCAUAAAAUCCCACAUGCAUUCAUUUAAUUCUUUAAUGACAUGAGAAUUAGGUUUAGAAUGUGAAUAACAGCCUAUUAGGCCUAAUUACUAAGUCAAAGCACUGCAUGACCCUAAUGCAUUUUACCUACAGUCAUAUCUUGUUUUGUUUUUUAAAUAUUAAUGAAAGCUGUGAUGGAAACAGGAAGUUUCGGUAGGCUUCAAUUUUCUAAACGCCAACAGAUAAUUUGUUCAUUGGACAUGGUGGGAUCUUUUUGUUUUGGUAAAAUUAAUUACGCGAGAAAUGGUGGUGGAAACGCCUUUAUGCGCAAAUAUUGAUUUUAUAUAAUAAUUAUCAUAUGAAAGUACAUUUUGAUGUGGCGCGCGCAGGGGGAAGGGGGUCCCGGGUGAAAAGGGUUGGGAUCCCCUGGUGUAGAUAAUCAUUGUAGGCAUACUAUCUAAACCGGGGGUGUCAAACUCAUUCCAUGGAGGGCAGAGUGUCUGCGGGUAUUUGUUUUUUCCGUUUCAUUCUAAUUACUAACCUUAAUUAGUCAAUCAAGUACAAGGGUGGAGCGAAAGCCUGGCUCUCCGUGGAAUGAGUUUGACACGUGACCUAAACUGCUGUGAAAUAUAUAUUUUUUCCAUAACCAAACAUAUGGAAUUUUCAGCUGUUUGAAGCUGGAUUAGCCUACAAAACCGAAAGUAAAAGACGCAAAAACGAACCUUAAAACCGGGAGCCAUAGCCCACAUAAAACUGUUCUACCGCUUCUUAGUAGGAAAAAGAAUGCACACCCCCACAAGUCUUUGCGAAAUGACUAACAUGUAAAACAUCGUAGACUUGCUUUCAAUGGGAAUGACAGUAACAAGUUACAUAUUGGAGAUUUAAGCGAAGAAGUACAUUUUGUGUGCACUACAUCCUCACGCAUGGACUUUUAUCCACAACAAGCCUGUUUGGUGGAAACACAACUGGUGGGAAAAUGUGCAUAUCUUUCUUUGUGUAUUUGAGAAUAUUCAUAUGGAAAUCGGUUGCCAAUUUGCUGGAAACCUAGCUAUCGACGUUCUUAACGAGGCUCGUCUCACAUUGGUGACCGCAGAUCAAAGCUGAGAAUAGGUCAGAACACCAGCACCUGUGUGAAACUCCUUAGGCCAGAGCUGUAUGUUGUGGCAUGUUUUCCCCCUUUAACGUGACCAUGAGGACCGCUGAGAAUGCUCUGUUUUGCCACCUCUACAUGUUACUGCUUUUUGUAGGUUUUUGCCAAGGAAAGGACCUCUUCUUCAAUGACAAAGGACUCCUACUCCCAGAAUCAUACAAGAUUGGCUGGAUGGAGGCUAUUGAUGAUGACAAAUUAAUCUCUGACAUCACCAUACCUGGUACCCAUGACACCAUGGCUCUCUAUGGAGGCCCAGCGGCAGAGUGUCAGGCCUGGGAUUUGGGGGAUCAGCUGAGGGCCGGCAUACGCUAUCUGGACCUCAGGAUAUUCGCCUUUGAAAACAAACUCUAUGUCAUGCACUGGGUUGUCUACCAACACAAGUCGUUCUAUGAGGUCCUUGACACAAUCAGAGUAUUUUUGUCUGAAUUCAGAAGUGAGGCGGUUCUCGUCAGAGUAAAGCCUGAUUUGUUUGAUAAAGAGAAUGUUGAGGAGCUGGUUGGAAAAAUGAUUAUUGAUGAUACAGAUGUAUGGGUGAAGUCUGACAUGCCAACUAUGGCUGAGGCAAGAGGAAAGAUGAUAUUUGUACAGAAAUCCAACUUUAAGCUGGGUAUUCCUCUCUUGGAAACAGACAGCAAAGGUGACUAUGAAGUUACUCAUAUUGCAAACAAGGAGAACAAAAUAGUGAAACACUUGACACAAGCUUCAGGUGAUUGUGGUGGGGAUUAUAUCGUUCUGAGCUACUCCAGUGGCACUGGCAUUGGCACACUGUUGGGCAUGUUUCUAACUCCUAAGAAGGUGGCUGAAAAGAUUAACCCAUGGCUCGAUCAGUAUCUGAGACAGUUCUCCAGGGACCACAACAGUGUAUGUUUCGGGGUGAUUGCCAUGGACUUUCCUGGUAUCGACCUCAUUCAAACAGUCAUUAAGAUCAAUGAUUGGUGAAGUGUUCACCCAUGGAAGUCAUGAUUAUAUUGCUUUCUGAAAUGUUAGUUGACGCCAUUAGAUUAAGUGCAGCAACAACACAUGACACAUACUAUACUUGAUUGUGCUCAUAUUGAAAAGGAGCGAGAUAGAAGACUGACAAAGUAAAGAAUUUAGUGAUUGGAACGUAGUAUUGGCAUGCGCUCUUAAACAACAAUAAUGAAGACUUGGCACUACACGUCUUUGUACUUUGUCCCUGCUUGCUGUAUUAAAAACAAAGAAAAUCAUUAAAAUAGCAAAUAACAA